AUGGAGGCCACGGAUAGAGAGGUAGCCUCCUCGCCGGGGUGGGCCCAUUCCCGUUGGUUCGUUGUGAAGUCCUACGUCCGCUUCCUCACUUUCUGUCCCCUAGGCGACGACUCCACGAAGGAAGAGACAGUGGAGACCAAAGCCGGACGGUGUCUCGUUGUUACGGUACGGCCGACCUCAUCCUCUUCGAGAGCUAGUAUUUACUCUUAUCCUCUUUAUCCCUGAUUGCAACCUUCCUUCUCAUUAGGAAGAGAUCUCAUUAGUGGACAAGAUCUUUCCAUUUCCACGGAUGAAGAGGCCCCAGAGGGAGAAGCCUGAUCCAGGGAAUCCUGGGCAGAUCCACUAGAGCUUUUAUCUGCGAGAGGUGUCGCUAGCAGCUCGUCCCCGAGGUGUCUUAGUGUUAUUCAGGCAGUCAAAUCUAUGAAAAGCUAUACUAGAACGGAGCAAGCUCCAUAGGCUUUAACCCGUUGUACGUUGUCGAUGUAAAGACCUGAUUUUGCUCCUUCUGAAGUCCGUAGAAGACGUUACACUCGACAACUUAUGCACGAUCAUUCCUCUCAUCUCUUUCUGUGAGCUUCUCCCAAGGAAUUCAUCUCUUAUUGUCUUGUUUUUUCACAGAGAGUCAGAUUUAGUAUUUGGUGUGCAUUUUUGAUCGUAUGAUUCAAUCAACGGAACUCAAAUAUGUGCCAAUUUGAUCUCAAUGAAAUCCAAGUCCCACGCAGUUGUGUUGAUAUGUCAGAUUGUUUUGUACAUCUGUGGGAGUUGUCAAUUCCUCUCUCAGGAUGGCCCUGCAGUAUCGGCACAUGCGAACGCGCUCGAACACAUCUCUCGUUAUUCCUAUAUCGUGGCAAGGCCCUAGAGGAGGAAUCAAAGAUUCAAAGAUUGCCUUGAAACUUUUCUACUAGAUUUCUCUUUAACUCGAAUCUCGUAAAUAACUAAAUAUAAUAUAUAUUAUUUCGGGGUCUAAUACUCUUUAAUAGCUAUGCUUACCUGAUUGCUGACGAACGUCUCUCAGGUUGGUUUCCUUCCAGAUUUCUUUCUUGUACGCGGGAAGUCCUGGAUUACCUUGUCAAGUUAAUGGAACCCAAUUCUCAAAGUUAAUCUUGAGAUAGCAAGAAAAUAAUCUUAUGUUCCUUCCUAGAGGGAUAUUCGCUUCAUCUAUUAUCCAUUUAGUGCAAAAUAGGAAAUAAAAUUUCAAGUAUUGGAUUUCAAGUUACACUAUAAUUCCAAAUUAGUAGGUGUUUUCCAAUAAAAGUUGAUUUUUACUUCAGACACUUUAGUUUGAGAAACCGGUCAACAUUUGGAUUCAUUGCUUCUCUAGAUGUCGAGUUGUGCCCGACUCCCUCCUGGUGAAAUGAAAUGACAGGGAAAAACUCUGGUCAAAGUAUCCAGAACCUGAAUCCGACCUGGUCAGAUGACACUAUCCAGAAUUCCCAAGUGUCGUGAGAUUUUAGCGCAGGUCAGACGAUAUACUAGAACUUCAGACGGUGACAAAAGCCUACAGUAUAUGUAUGUAUAUAUUCGCUGUGGUUUUCUUCGAAACAAAUACCGCCUGUAGUUUUACAAUAGACUGCCUGUUGGCUAAAAAAGCUAAUUUCGGUCAACUUGUUUCGGAAAUAAAAGAUCGUCAAGGGAGGCAGAGGCGGCGCCAAAGCCAGAAACCUCCCCCCAUCACCCGGAAAGCCACUGCUACGGCCGGAGAAUAGAGAAAAGCAGACCAACCCGCUGUGA